CACCAACUUCAAGUAAUCACAAACUCGGCAACACCACUCUACAUUCCGAACACCGCGCCUAGAAUGUCCGGCGAGCCAAACAAAGAAGAGAGCGAUGACAACGCUGAACCCCUCGACCUAGUCCGUCUCUGCAUUGAUGAGGUUGUCAUCGUUAAGCUUCGCGGCGACCGCGAGUUGAAAGGUCGCCUCUACGCAUAUGACAGCCACUGCAACCUCGUUCUCGGAGAUGCCGAAGAGACUAUUUACAUUACUGAUGCCGAAGAAGAGGGAGACAAAGUACGGACGGUGAAAAAGCAAUGUGAAAUGCUCUUCGUAAGAGGCGACUCAGUUGUUCUCAUUGCACCCCUUGAGUCAAUUCGGUGAUGGUAGCUUUGAGCUAUGAAUUGGGCAUUGCUGCUGGGUUCAGAUACCUUCGAAAUGGUGGCGCUCAAGAGUACUAAAUUAGCGCGAAGUACUUUGGGUUGCUAACAUUGUCCAAUUUUCAGAUGGCAGCGGGGUGGUGGUGUAAAGGUUCUGAACAUCGCUUUGAUUUGGCGAUUAUCCAAGUCAUACAUGUCAUAGGGCAGUAUACCCACUUCAAAACAUAGCAGGUGCCCAGCCAACCCUACUUUGAGAGGCCAGAGGAUGCAUGAAGACCCUCGAGUAACUGGAGAGAUGGGAACACAAAUUUACUCCGCAAUUUGAUUAGUUCUUGAUCACUUCAACUUGGUCUCACAAUCGAACAACCUCUAGCAGAAUGCAAGC